UUAGCCGUCUAUAACAGGCAGGCUCAAGAAUGGAGCUUUCUGAACGGCUGAUCAAAGAAAACAUCUGCGUCUAUCUUUAUAUCGAACAGCAGUACCUGAUAUUAUCAUUGUGAUGUGAAAAACAUUUUUAUUUACUAAUGUAAUCUAAAUACCGUUAGGAUAAGUUUGGCUUUCAUGAGUUCCUGAUCUCAAGAAAACAAUGUGCCGGUGUUCCGAAAAAUGAAUGGGUAUGGAACUAGACGGUCAUAUAAUCGCCUAGAAUGCGUCCAGAUGCCGCAGGCGCUCUGUGGAAGGAUCAGCUGUUGGAAGCUGCUGAAACCGACUCUGUGUGUGACAUCCAGCGACUGUUGCAGACCCCCAUAAAAGUGACAAAAGAACUUCAAGAUGACUCAAUUGAGGCAGUUUAUUUAGCCCUUAAGAAAGGUAAAUGGAAGGUGCUUCUAGAAAUACUGACAAGCAGGAUUUUCAAAGAGAAGCACAAACAGCGACUGCUAACGGAGUUUCCAAAUCUAUUGUAUUACACAGUUUCACUUUGCGAGGACUAUAAAAAAGUUGUGAGGAGGAUGUGUCAUACUCUAGCCCUGCCAGACACAACUGUCUCUGAAAUUUUUGGAUUGCUCAAUGAAGAUGGUUUUUCAGCCUUGCACCUUGCUGCCAUAGACGGAGAUGUCGAUUCAGCGAGAAGGAUACUGGCCCUUGGUGGUAGCGGUUAUAUACCCUCUCAAGAUGGGAACACAGCACUCUCUUUGUCCAUUGCUUUCAAUCAUCCACACUUUUGGAAAUUCGUUCUGCCAUUCUCUAAUGUGAAUACUUGUGACAACGACUGUGAUACGCCUCUAAUGUUUGCCUGUUGGAGACGCCAGCAUAAACUUGUGAACGCCCUCAUCCAGAGUGGAGCUGAUUGCAAUGCAAGAAGUAAGCUUCAUACCAGUGCCUUAUGGAAUGCUGUGUACAAGUGUUCCUACCAUUGUGUUCGGAUACUCCUUGAGAGUGGUGCUGACAUGACAGUGCGUUGUGAAGGGACUUACUUAUUUCUGAACGAAGAAAGUGACGGUGGAGAAGAAGGAAGCAUUAAACAGAUAUACCCAGGCGCUUUUCGUUCAUUAUUGUGGGUGUGUGUUGAUAGAUGUGGACAAAGACAAAAUAGAAGUAGAAGCAGUUGCCUGCAAAUCUUAUCACUCUUACUUGCUGCUGGUUAUGAUCCAACACAAGAUCACUGGAUAAAAAAGUUGGCCUCAUUUCACCGUCCAGAGAGACCUUUAAAUGUAUCAAAACCAGCACACUGCCUUCCUUUUAAUGUCGUCAAUGAUUCAGGAUUAAUUAAUCUUCUGAUGUAUGUUUAUGCUCAACCACUUCAACUAAGAAGUUUAUGUCGCAAUAAAAUAAGAUUACUGUUUGUAGAGAACAAAACCACUCUGUCUUUCAAGAAAUGGGUGUCAGCUUUGAAAGUUGGGGUCAAUACAUCACAGUUUCUGACCCUGCAAUAUUUGUGAAAAGAGUAGUAGCUUUCAUUGCUUUGUUCAUGGAAGUAUAGAAACUAUGGAAUAGUGGGACAGUUAUUUUAGUUCGCCCUGAGAAAAGGGAAAAGAGGAAAUGUUCCCCUCAAUUAUACUCACAUUACAGUGAGAUUGAGAUUGAGCUAUUCCAAGCUCUUGUGAAUAAUACAAGUAAUGUCUGCUUUAGGUAUAGUUCAGCGAAGAUCAUAUGUUAGGUUACAACAAGUAGCUUCUGCUUGAAAAUCAACAGAAACCUUCAUACCUUUGAGUUUGUAUGUCAUGUCAACUUCAACAUAAUGGAGAGAAGAUG